AUGCCCAUCGUGAUCGCGUCGAGGAGAGACCCAGCCGCAGAUCAGCGACCCCGCAAACAAAACAACGCGAGGGGAAAAAAAAGUCGCGACUGCAUCACCACCCAGCCCGACAUGGCCACACAGCAAGACGAGGGCGGCGUGCCCUUCUCCAUGGCACACGAGAUGCAGCAAUUCCGCCUGUUCGAACUGCCGCCCGAAAUCGUUGAGCUGGUAGAUGCCCCGAACCCCCCACCUUUGUCCAUCAAGUCGCAGGCUGUGUCUGGUGUGCCAAACGCAACGCCCGCAUAUGCAGUGCUCUGUACGUCGGACAAGACGUUCCAGCUACGCCAGGUUCAGACAUCAAAUUCGCUCUUCGUCACCCUGCCCGCCCUGGAAGCCCAUGGCAACGAGAUACCGGUCCCUGUUACGCGUGCCAUUGCAUCGUGCACUGCCACCUUGGAACUGCACCCUUCUGAUGCGUCUGCGCAAGACUUGCUGCGCUAUGCAUUGCCAGUCUAUGACAUCGUGGCAGGCGAUGUCGAUGCCACGGCCAACAAGAAGAGCAAGGCGGCCAUGUACGAACAUCUUCCACUUUCCGAUGGACAGUGCAACGCCGGUUGGGAUGCGCUGGUAGCCUUCGAGCAUGAGGACAGCUCGUACCAGCCGUCUGCCAACGCCCUUGCACAGGUAUGGAGAUCGAUCAACGCUGCAGCCUUGGUGGAGGGCGUCAAGCUCGACAAUCAGUUUUUGACAGACGACAUCACGAGAGCAGUCUCUGAAGAAGGUUACCCUUCAGGGCUCGUCCGAGCGAUGCUCAGACACCUAGCAAAGGAUCAACAAGCAGACGAUGGCCCUUGGUCUUGUCUAGAUCGCGCCAAGACAGUAGCCUUUGCAGGCAGGACGCUGCUGCAGGCCAAGCAAGGAAGCGACUUCCUGAUCUCCGACUUCACAGACAUGUGGGAAGACAAGCUGCCAGAAGCAUGGCGUAAAGAUGCGCAGCUAAGUGCCAUCGAAGGAGCAUACGAGCUGACUGCUACGACAAUCAGAGCAACAGGUACAGCUGCCAAUGCUGCCAAUGGGUCCGCUUUGGCAGAUAAGCCUUCAGCGCGCAAAUGGCACGAGAGGCUCGGCAAGACAAGGACCAAAUAA